AUGGAGACCAGGCAGCUGAAAAGAGAAGUGGAGGCCCUCAUUGGUGAUUACAUCGGGCAGAAACUCAGAGAAAAGUCAUUUGAUCCGAAAGGGAAGGGGACCUCCACGAUGCUGGAUGACCUGGCUCACUAUGACCUGGCCAUUACUGUUGCCCUGUGGUGGUUGGACAAAGAAGAGGGGCGGGAUGUGCUCGACAGAGACAUCAUUGGAGCAACAAGCUGCUCAGGAAGCGCUCAGUACCCAAACCGCUUGGAGCGAGAGGCCAUGAUCCUGUCCUCCUUUGCUGGGAUUAUCAUGAACCACCUUCCCGUGGAGGAGAUCCUGGCUCUGUACCGCUGCAAACCAGCAGCCUCAUUCCCCAACCAGCACUCCAAGGGCACACUGGUGUACCCCUUCACUCUGUCCUACCAUCCGUUAGCCAUGCUCGGAUCUUACAAGGCUGUGCACCACUCCAAGAAACACAGUCAAAAGCUGAAACGAUGGCUGUCUGAGAGGAUGAAGACUAGAGUACCGUCCAAACGAGUGACAGCCCCCUCUUCCUCCUCCUCCUCUUCCUCCUCGUCUCAUUCCUUCCUCACUGAUAUCAGUGAUCGCCCUGAAGAGACAGCUGAGCACUACGAGGGAUCACAGGAGUCUCUGCACGACUGA